AGCAUCGGCCGUUGGUCCCGCAUUCUAUGCACGUGUCUUCGCGAGAACGCGUGCAGAGGACCCGCCGUGAUCCGCACCGCAGCGACAGAGGUGCGCGCGCGCGCUACACCCACGCGGAACCGUGACAGUGCACCCUAACCUAAACCUAACCCCGAGCGAACCGAUCGCCAGUGUGUGCUACCGAGCUGUGCAGUCCCGGUGAAAGAGAGACAAAAAUUACAGAAACGCGGCUGUCCGAGCGGUGCCGGGAGGGCCUGAUCAAAGGGGGACUUAUUUUGGGACUGACCCAUCUGAUCGGGCGCUGUCAAGAUCCGCGCGAGACUCGAGCUCUUCCCAAACGAAGACGAGCCAUAUCGAGGCUGAAAUCAGCCGGAAUUCCGGCCCAGUGAAGUGCCAGGAAGUUUACUUUCGAACGCGGCACCGUUCUCGCCGGCUAAAGAGCAAUGGCGGCGGCAGCAGCAGAGUUGGUUGUGGAGAGGAACCCGGAGACCAUCAUUGAGAUAACGGACAUGAAUAGGACAUUGAUGGGUGUCGGUGCUCAGGGUCUCGUGCGGAUGGCACUGGACCAAUACACGCAGAUACUCACCACGAUUUCCGACCCGAGGGUCGGCGACUGGCCCCUGAUGGACUCACCAAUCCCCACCAUUCUCAUUGUGCUCCUCUACUUGUACAUUGUCACGAUAUUCGGGCCCCGAGUGAUGGCCAAUAGGAAGCCGUUUAAACUGAGAGGCGCUCUGCUUGCUUACAACGCGUUCCAGGUGGUCUUCUCGCUGGGCAUGCUCUAUGAGCAUCUGAUGUCCGGCUGGCUGCUCGACUACAGCUACAAGUGUCAACCGGUGGACUACUCGCAGAACCCGUCCGCGCUACGAAUGGCGAACCUCUGCUGGUGGUACUUCAUCAGCAAGUUCACGGAAUUCGCUGACACGAUGUUCUUCACGCUGCGCAAGAAAGACAGCCAAGUGACCUUCUUGCACCUGUACCACCACUCGUUGACACCACUGGAGACGUGGAUCUGCGUGAAGUUCAUCGCCGGCGGCCACGGCACCCUCGGCAACCUAAUCAACAACGCCGUCCACGUGAUCAUGUACCUGUACUACCUUGUGUCCGCGAUGGGACCCGAGUACCAAAAGUAUUUGUGGUGGAAGAAGCACUUGACCACUGUUCAACUGGUGCAGUUCUUCCUGGUGUUCGUGCACAGCGCCCAGGCCCUGAUCUUCGACUGCGGCUACCCUAAGCUUGUGGCGACGUUGCUUCUCAUCCAUUCGACAGUCUUCUUCGCCCUGUUCUCCGACUUCUACCGGCGGGCGUACAUGAAGUCCAGAGCGAAGACGUUGAAGGACGAAUAAGUGAGGAGAGCCUGGCGCGCACCUUCCCGGAAGCUUCUCUCCUCCGCGCGGACCGUCGCGUCGAUCACGAGCCAGCCGCCGAUGCGCCACCGAAAGGACCCACUGGGUCCCCCAUACGACGUUCUCCCGUAGGACCGCGGCAGCAAUUCGAACCUCAGCCGAUACCCACGCGGCACUAGUCACCGUGCGAUGCGAGCGUCUCGGAAGCUGAUCCGCCGGAUGAUCGCGAUCGAUCCCGUAGGGGAUGCGGCUAGCUGGGUCUCAUCGUCGCCCGCAGAGCAUCUCAGCUAAGGGUCCCUAUUCCGCGUGGACGAGAACACGCGUGUAGACUGACGAAUCCUCAGCGACACAAGACCCCCUCGUUACGAGACAGUGAACGACAUUGGGCGGUCUGCCAGAUACAGAAAAUUCUCUCAUAUUGUCCCUUGUCCUAGGUCUGCUCGCAUUGUCCAUGUGCUAUGCCUACGCCUAUGUGCGUGAUAUCUAUGCCUAUGCUACAGAUCGUCGCAGUCAGUCAAGCUUGUGAUGCAGCACCCGGCUCGUUCGACUAGAAUCCCCGAAAUUACAACUUAUAAUAUAUAAGCUUGACGUAACUUUUUCAAUUUUAACAUUUUUUAAAUCUGAAUGGUUUUUUAACGUGUUGCUGAUGAUUUUCUGAUUAAAAUGAGACAAAACAUGGCAUAGUUUGGACGGAUAUUUCUGAUUCGAUAAAGUAAAAUCAAUCACUACGCAAUUGAAUAAAUAUGGUCAAGCAUGUCAUGUUUGAUCUCAUUUUUAUUGGAGGAGUCUCACCAAUAUGUUGAACAAAUUUUCAUGUAUAAAAAUUCAGAAAUGAAAAAGUCGAAACAUCAUUUUUAUUCUA